CCCUUUUUUGUAUCUUUUCUUUCAAAACAGAGCAUGACUCCCGAGCAGCUGAUGACUUUAUGUGAAGCUGGCAUUCACAGUAGCAACAUCAGUGUCCGUGUGAACGUCGUGAGCAUUUUGGGAAUAGCUGGCAGUGUCCUGGCAAAAGUGGAAAGCACUGCAGAAACACUAAAGAUGAUCGGGAAAUUCCUCCUUGACGUUGUGACCAAGGAUCCGUCCCUCGUGGUUGUCGGAGAAGCUCUGGAUGCCCUUUUCGACGUUUUUGCCGACGGCAAAGAAGCGGAAAGGGCAGCGGAACAAAUAAGGCUGCUUCAUGUCCUUAAGGAAUUCCAACCCGUUUUCAAAUCGCGAAUCCGGAAAGAAGGAAAAGGACAAUACAGCACGGAUCAGUUAUGCGUCCUUGACAAUGUGAAGCUGAAUUUAAGACGAUUCAUUGCUUAUCAGGAAACGGUGGAGAAGAAAAAAUAACUUUUGGAGUAGUCUAAAGAAUGUAAAGCUAUAUUUUUUUUGUAUUGUUUCUGAUAUAUUUUUAAUCCGGAAUUAUAUAGCACCUUUCAGUGGCUGGUGGUGGGGUGGUCUGUUUGCUUUGGGUGAUGGAUUCGUGACAGAUAAAAAGUGGGAUUGGAAAUUUAAAAAAGAUUGAUUUGGUGUCAAUAAAUGGGAGACUGGUGCCUUCGCUCCAGGACUGAAACCUUUUUUGAAUUCAUGCAUCAUACAUUAAGAACCAGUGUCAGAUCUAGUGAUUGACCUGCCUAAUAUGGAAUGAAUAUUUUAUUUUUGUGGAUGACAGUGUCAUUUCUCUCUGUUGAUUCCCUGUCAAAGAUGUAGUCUUCCAGAYCUUCUGUACAUGAUUUGGAAAAUGAGAGCAUUUUUAUGGACKGUUGCAUUAUUUCAUGACAACUUCUCAGUUGGUUUCUAAUCCUAAUACAUUUAGGCUUGUACUAACCCUAAUUAUUCACCUUGGUUCAUGCAAGCUGGAGUUUGGGUAUGCAUUUACACUGGAGAAUGAAUGCAGUUUGACACCACUUUAAUUGUCAUUGCUAUAGAAUGAUGGGAGUUGUAGUUUGGUGAAGCACCGGCACUCUUUGGCMGAGAAGACCUUGUAAAACUACAUCUCUCAGGAUGCCAUCACAUUGAAUUAUAGSAGUUCAAGUGGUGCCAGAUGCUGAGUGAGUGGGYUUAUUAACAAAAGACCCUCCUACACCAGUAGCGCAAAGUGAUAAAAAGAACAAAAACACACAAACCAAUGUUAUCUCUUCCUUAGGAGGCUUUUCUCUAUAGCAAAAUAAUGUGGUUGCACUAUUUACAAGACCAAGGUUUCCAUAACACAAAUAAAAUUCUUUAGACUUCCUUCUUUGCUUCCACGCUGGCCUUCUUUCUUAUGCAGAUAAACAUAUUCGCUCUCACAGAGCCUCUUCUCACAGCAAAGUUACACAGGAGCUUCACACAGUAGCUGUUUACACACAGCAACCUACACACAAGACCAAGAU